UGUUUUCUCCAAUCUCGCUGUCUCAAUCUUUCCCACUUUCCAUCCCUCUUCGUCUCCUUCAAUUCAAUUCUUUAGUUUAAAAUUCUCACUCAUCUCUCUCUCUCCACUUUAAAAUCUCAAAAAAUCCAAAAACAAACGAAGAUAUAGGAGUAUCCCGGUUUCAGUGCAAACGCCAUUGAUGAGAGCUUAGCUUGUAGAGAAAGAGAUUCAGUUCGAGAGAUUUAUGUUUGUAGAAAAACGACGCUUGGGAUUUCUUUCCUUGCUCUGUUUUUACUUAUUUUGAGGGUCUAACCUUUAUGGGUCAAGACAGUUUCACUCCCCAAAAGAGAUCUUCCACCGGCGGCGGCUUACCCACGACCAACAACGCCGCUGCUGGUGGCGGAAGAUCCCGUGUAUUAGCCGGAAUGCCGCGUGGGAGGCAGAUCCACAAGACCUUCAACAACAUUAAAAUCACGAUCCUCUGCGGCUUCGUUACCAUACUUGUUCUACGGGGUACAAUCGGCGUUGGCAAUUUGGGAAGCUCCGAAGCCGAUGCUGUUAACCAAAACCUAAUCGAAGAAACGAGCCGGAUCCUAGCUGAGAUCCGCUCCGACUCCGACCCUACCGAUCCGGACGAACCUCCUGAAACCGAGAUCAAUCCCAAUACUACCUACACGCUCGGACCCAAAAUCUCGGACUGGGACCAGCAACGUAAGGUUUGGCUUUCAGAAAACCCCGAAUUCCCUAAUUUUGUUAAUGGCAAAGCUCGGAUCUUACUUGUUACUGGGUCGCCCCCAAACCCUUGUGAUAAUGCUAUAGGAGAUCAUUAUUUGCUGAAAGCGAUAAAGAAUAAGAUCGAUUAUUGUAGGCUUCAUGGGGUUGAAAUUGUUUAUAAUAUGGCUCAUUUAGAUAAGGAGUUGGCUGGGUAUUGGGCGAAAUUGCCAUUAAUUAGGAGAUUAAUGUUGUCUCAUCCUGAAGUUGAGUGGAUUUGGUGGAUGGAUAGUGAUGCUUUUUUUACAGAUAUGGUGUUUGAGAUUCCUUUGUCCAAGUAUGAUAAGUAUAAUUUGGUUGUUCAUGGUUACCCCGAUUUAAUGUUUGAGCAGAAGUCGUGGAUUGCUUUGAAUACGGGGAGUUUCCUGUUUAGGAACUGCCAGUGGUCGUUGGAUUUGCUUGACGCGUGGGCGCCAAUGGGACCUAAGGGUUCUAUUCGUGAGGAAGCCGGGAAGGUUUUGACUGCUAACUUGAAAGGAAGGCCGGCGUUUGAAGCCGAUGACCAGUCAGCUUUGAUUUACUUGUUGCUUUCUCAAAAGGAAAUGUGGAUGGAUAAAGUGUUUCUCGAGAAUCAGUAUUAUUUGCAUGGUUAUUGGGCAGGUUUGGUUGAUAGGUACGAGGAGAUGAUGGAGAAAUAUCAUCCAGGUUUGGGAGACGAGAGGUGGCCGUUUGUGACUCAUUUCGUUGGUUGCAAGCCCUGUGGGAGUUACGGAGAUUACCCUGUCGAGAGGUGUUUGCGCAGUAUGCAAAGGGCAUUCAACUUUGCCGAUAACCAGGUGCUUAAGCUGUACGGGUUUAGACAUAGAGGAUUGUUAGGCCCCAAUAUUAAGAGGAUCAGGAACGAGACGGUGACUCCUUUGGAAAUCGUUGAUGAGCUUGAUAUUCGACGAUCAACGCACGAGAAAACCGAAACACGGAGCUAGUGAUGGGAAACAUAUAUAAUGUGCCAUAAUGUGUAGGUAAUGGUCAUUCCUUUUGUUGAAAAGCAAUUUCCAAUUUUUUCUUUUUAAGGUUUGAGUAAGUUUUGAUGAUCUGUUGUCAUUGUGAUGCUGUUGGGAACAAGAUAGUAGAAUUCUUUGAUUAACCUUGAAUUUGUCUUCCUUUUGAUAUUUGAGUGAUAUUUAUGAAGGAAAUUAAUAGCCAA